CCACUGUGUGUGAACUUGUGCUGUGGAGCAUUAAACCUGUUCUUUAAAAGCAGAAGACGGUUUACUUCAGCAAAACAUCUCCCUAACUUCUCUAGGAACACACCAGCAUUUGAGACAUGUCUAAGCUGGAGAAAGCCAUUGUGAGCAUAGUAGAGGUGUUUGAAGAGUAUGCAGGAAAAGAUGAGCAGAAAUCCCAGCUCAGUAAUGCUGAACUCAGAGAUCUUAUUAAAACCGAACUAAAAAGUCCUGAAUUUAAGGAUAAAGUGGAUCCAGAGAAUAUUAAAGAGGUCAUGGAGGAACUGGAUAAGAACCAUGAUGGAGAAGUGAACUUCCGUGAAUUCAGUCAGUGUAUUGCAGGUCUGGCCAGAGGCUACUAUAAGAAGAAGCACGGCAAUGAGGAGCGCAGAGGGAGAGGCAGGGAUAAAUGAACAUGUUUGUUCUUCUCACUGUUGACAAUUACCUCCUUUGCAGUUACCAUAGUACCUCUCUAACUGUACUCUGUAAUAUUACAAAGCUUUUUUUAAUGUUCCAAGACAAAAUGACAGUUAAAACAUGGUAAGAAAAAAUUGAUAGUCUUUUGUCCUAUACUACUACAUAGUAGUAGGAUAUGUUUCUUAACAGACAGUGUUAUGGAAAGUGUUUGUCCUUUUAUAAUGAACACUGACACUUAAGAUGACUUGUACAUCAUUAAAUGUUGUAAUUGACUGGUUUAUACUUUAUUUUUGAAUAUAAAUAAAACCCUUUUAUGAUUGCC